AUGGUGGGACUGGGAGCCUGCACCCUGACCGGAGCUGCCUUGAUCCUCUUGCUACUCCCUAAAAGUCUGGAGAGCUGUGGGCACAUCAGGAUCUCAGUCCCCGUUGUCCGCCUGGGGGACCCCGUCAUAGCCUCCUGUACCAUCAGCCCAAACUGCAGCAAACUAGACCAAGAGUCACAGAUCCUAUGGAGACUGCAAGAUGGACCAAACCAGCCUGGAGACAGACAGCGGCGUCUUCCUGAUGGGAGCCAGGAAUCCACAAUCACUCUGCCUCAUGUGAAUCACACCAAGGCCUUUCUCUCCUGCUUAGUGCCUUGGGCCAACAGCUUCCAGGUCCUGGAUCAAGCUGAGCUUCAAGCAGGCUAUCCUCCUGCCAGUCCCUCCAACCUGUCCUGCCUCAUGUACCUCACCACCAACAGCCUGGUCUGCCAGUGGGAGCCAGGCCCCGAGACCUACCUGCCCACCAACUUCACCCUAAAGAGCUUCAGGAGCCGCGAUGACUGUCAGUACCAGAAGGACUCCAUCUUGGACUGUGUGCCUGAGGACGGGCAGAACACCUGCUCCAUCGCCCGCAAGCACUUGAUCCUGUACCAGAAUAUGGUCAUCUGGGUGCAAGCAAAGAACAUGCUGGGGACCAGUGAGUCCCCAAAGCUGUGCCUUGACCCCAUGGAUGUUGUGAAAUUGGAGCCUCCAGUGCUGCAGGCCGUGGACAUUAGCCCUGAUCUAAUCCCAUACCAGCCCGGGUGCCUGUGGCUGAGCUGGAAGCCAUGGAAACCCGGUGAAUACAUAGAGCAGGAGUGUGAACUCCGCUACCGGCCACAGCUUAGAAGAGCCAAUUGGACACUGGUGUCCCACCUGCCUUCCAGUGAGGACCAGUUCAAGCUCUGCGGUCUCCAUCAGGCCCCAGUAUACACCCUGCAGAUUCGAUGCAUCCGCUCGCCUCUGCCGGGACUCUGGAGCAGUUGGAGCCCUGGCCUGCAUCUGAGGCCCACCAUGAAGGCCCCCACCAUCAGACUGGACACAUGGUGGCAGAAGAAGCAACUGGAUCCUUGGACAGAGAGUGUGCAACUGUUCUGGAAGCCAACACCCCUACAGGAAGACAGCGGAGAGAUCCAGGGGUACCUGCUCUCUUGGAGUCCCUCAGAUCAGCAAGGGCCAGUCAGGCACCUCUGCAACACCACAGAGCUCAGCUGUAUCUUCUAUCUGCCCUCGGAGGCCCAGAAUGUGAACCUUAUGGCCUACAACACCGGGGGGACCUCUCUACCUACUCCAGUGGUUUUCUUGGAGAAUAAAGGUCCAGCGGUGUCCAGACUCCAUGCCAUGGCCCAAGACCCAGAUAGCAUCUGGGUAGACUGGGAAGUACCCAGCACUAUGCCUCAGGGCUAUCUGAUUGAAUGGUGCCAGAGGUCACUCAGUCACAAUUACAGCAGUAAGACCUGGAGGAUGGAGCCUGAUGGGAGCAUCACUGGAAUUCUGCUACAGGAAAACAUAAGUCCCUUCGAGCUCUACGAAAUCAUGGUGGCCCCGCUGUACCCAGGCAUAGUGGGACCCCCUGUAAAAGUCUACGCCUACUCUGGAGAGAGAGCCCUUCCUCAUGCUCCAGAGCUACAUCUGAAGCAGGUUGGCAGCACCUGGGCACAGGUGGAGUGGAUCCCUGAGACUCCUUGGCUCGGGAUGAUACCCCUCACCCACUACACCGUCUUCUGGACUGAUGAUCAGAACCAGACUUUUUCUAUCAUCCUGAACAUCUCCUUCCAUGGCUACGUCCUGGACCACCUGGAACCUGCCCGUUUGUAUCAUGUCUACCUCAUGGCCACCAGCAGGGCAGGGUCUUCCAACAGUACAGGCCUAACCCUGAUGACCUUGGCCCUGGAGACAUCUGAGCUACAUGUUUUCCUGGGCCUACUUGUCUUCCUGAUUUCAUUUGUCAGCUUCUGUGGGACUGUCUGGUUCUGCUGCAAGAAUAGCAGGACGAAAUUCUUCUGGCCAAAUGUGCCAGAUCCAGCUCACAGCAGCCUGAGCUCCUGGGUGCCCACCAUCAUGACAGAGGAAACCUUCCAGCUGCCCAGCCUCUGGGACUCCAGCAUGCCACCAAUCACCAAGAUCACUGUACUGGAGGAAGAAAAGAAGCUGACCAAUUGGGAUUCCGGUGACAACUCUCUGACUAGCAGCCUUCCCACCCUGGUUCAGGCCUACGUGCUCCAAGGAGACCCAAGAGCAACUUCCAACCAGUUCCAGCCUUCCUCUGGCACUAGUGACCAGGUCCUUUAUGGUCAGGUGCUGGGGAGUCCCACUAGCCCAGGAGUAAUGCGGUACCUUCGCUGCGAUUCCACUCAACCCCUUUUGGGGGGCCUCACACCCAGCCCUAAGUCCUAUGAAAACAUUUGGUUCCAUCCAAGACCCCAGGAGACCUUUGUGUCCCAACCCCCAAAUCAGGAAGAUGAUGACUGUGUCUUUGGUCCACCAAUUGAUUUCCCCCUCUUUCAGGGGCUCCAGGUACAUGGAGUUGAAGAACAAGAGGGCUUCUAG